GUUAUGGGUAUUCUGUGACGUUUAUUAAACAAGUUACCCUUUUCACUCUCGGUUGAUGCUUGUGUGGUGGGGAACUCUUCAGCUGUUCAACAGGACUACAUCAAGAGAGUAUCAAUUGUGAAUUUGCUCCUCAAGAUGGGAGCGUUGGUUUCUCGUUGGAGGACCAAGCCAACAACUGUGGAGGUAUUGGAGAGGCUUGAUAAGGAUAUACAAACCCUUGAGGAGCACAGGGAAAAGCAUCAGAAACAGCUGAAGUUAUGGGUCUACAGAUUACUUCUAUAUUCAACCCUUCUGUACUUGUUUGCCUGUGUGGUUGUUUAUAUGUGGUACAUCCCUCAACAACUAAUGGGGAAAAUGAUAUUGGUGACAUCCUUUUUAAUAUUUCCACUGCUUGUAUGGCUUCUGAGAAAACUGUUAAUUAUGUUGUAUUCAAGAAGGACAGAAAGAAAUGUUGAAAAAUUUGAAGAAUUGAAAGCUGAAAAAAAGAAAAUACUUGAGCAGGUGAUGGAGACAGAAACCUACAAAAAUGCCAAAUUGAUACUAGAGCGGUUCGAUCCAGAUUCUAAGCAAAAGAUCGAGCUGGAUGCUACACCCAUCGGACCUCCUGUAAGUCCUCGGCAAGGUCAAGAGCUUCGUCAGAGGCAUGUGACUCCUCGCCCUCCUGUUCCUGUGACUCCAAACCUAGCAGUAGCAGCACGUCCUCCUCCUGGCCCAACUGCCCCUCCUGCCCUGAUCUCAGCCCCUGGUGGUCCUCCGGAGAGGAACCUGUCUACUUCUGCCCAGCACCAUAACCUGCUGAGGAGAAUUGCCACCCCCACAGGCUCCCCAGCCCUUGGUGUGGGAAUGCAUCCUCCAGGCCCACCCCUGGCACGGCCUGUCCUCCCUCGAGACAGAGGAGCUUUGGACAAGCUUAUCGAGUACCUAGUAGGUGAUGGGCCUCAAAAUAGAUAUGCUCUAAUAUGCCAGCAGUGUCUAUCACAUAAUGGCAUGGCAUUAAAGGAGGAAUUUGAAUAUGUUGCAUUCAGAUGUGCUUAUUGCUACUACCUGAAUCCUGCCCGGAAGACACGCCCCCAGGCUCCACAUCUUCCUGAAUUUAGUGAAGGCAAGACAAGCCUAGCACCAUCUGCUGUUGCCUUGGAGACAGACCAAGGUGCACCCACUUCUUCCCCAGAGGAUAAAUCUGAGUCCUUUGGCCCUGUAGAGGAGGAGAAAUCGAGUGAGCAUCAGGUGGAAAACCAAACCGAGCAACCAGGACCUCAAGAACCAGCCACCACUCUCCCAGACCUCGCUGAAAAAUCAGACAAUGAACAAGAUGUCUCUGCUAUGGAUGUGGAAUAAAGAAUAUCUACAAACUUAACCAGCCUCUCUGGAAAGGUGUGCAUUAUGUAACGCAUGUUUAAUAUGUUUGGGAGUACUUAGAAAGGUUAUAACUUUGGUUUAGACUAGUUUAAGUAUACUUUUCUUAUUAAUUUCUUCUUCUUUUUUUUUUUUUUUUUUACUGUAAUAAUCUAUAUUAAUAAUAUUUUUUUUGUUUUAUGUUGAAGUAAAAUGAAUUUGCAACAUUUUGAAAGUUUACAUGUCUUUAGUUUAGAAUGCACUUCCAUCUGUCAUGAAUUCACAGAGCAGUUCAUCUCCCUAAUGAGAAUAACUCCUCAAUAAGAGUCUUUUUUCAGAAGGAAAAUUCAUGUGUACUGUUUGACUGAAUGUAUUUAACUUGUUUUUCCAGCAUGUACAAUAAUGCAAAAUGUCUGUUCUUUUCUGAGAAAUGUUUGAUAUUUAUAGAUGUUUACACCUUUUAUUACAGUACCUUUUUUGAAGGUAUUCAGUAGGUUUAUAGUUUUCUACGUGCCUGCAGUGAGAUGGGUUUCAUGUUUACACAGAUUAAGCUCAUCAUUAAAAAAAAAAUCCACAGCUGUUUAUUUAAUUAUAGAAUCUGAAUGUAGAGCAGUAUUAUAUAUGUAUGUGCCUUUCUAUUUAAGAUUUCUGUAAAGAAUAAAUAGGAACUAUUUAAUUACUACAUAUGGGGUUUUUAUGCCCUGCUUUUUCCUCAAAUAAAAUUAUUUUUAAAUAUACUCACUUUCACUUGUUUCUUUAUAACUACAUCCAACUAAAGCAAUACUAUAACACUACUCAAAUGAAUUCUGUUAAUUUUGUAUGCCCUUUGUGUAUACCACUAUUUUGUACUUUACUUCCCUUAUUACAUUUACACAGGGGGAAAAUGCUAAGCUUACUAAAAGAUGUGUGGUUUGUUGUGAGGGAUUAGGGGUCAGUCACUCUGCCCAGCUGAAUAGUUAACUGAACCGGCAUUUCUAGAGAGGAAAAAGCAUGUGUCCUCUAAAGAAAUUGGUUGUUAGGGCUGUUAGUGGGCUGCUUUAUUGCUUACUCCCCUUCCUGUCUGUGUUCUAGCUAUCCUGAUAUGGAGGGACAUUGAAAGGAAUCUGUUAAAACACAGCCCAUUUUCAUUAACUGGUCUAUUUUGGCUUGUGAUCAUUUUAUUUUAUCUCAUUGAUCAUUUCAGACAGUGUUAGAUAAUGGGACUGACACCCAAGCCCAACCCAGCUUGAUUGCUUGACCCUCUUCAUUUGCAACAAGAGAACUAUCUCUACCCAUAUUGCCCCGCUGACAAACAUACACUCUUCUGUUUCUCACUCUCACACACUGGCUCUCAGGUCAUCCUCCCACAUUUGUCUUUGGGUUUUGAUAAUGCAUGUUUACAGAGACAUGACCCCCUGAGUGUGGCAAUGCAUCACUGUCAGCAGGACAGUAGCACCUGAUUCCAGCACACUCCAUCUCAGCUUGACCCCUGACAGUGGCACAGGCACUGGGUUGGAAAAAAACAGCCUGUCAAUAGGACGUUUGAACAUUUUUAUCAGCAAAUAUAAUGUAGAUCAAAUGUUUGUGAAUCAUCACUGUUUAGGGCUUUUUGGAUUCUUGUCAAAAUGAAAUGCUUCACUACAUAUUCCAUCAUUCUACACAAUGACACUGGUUUUUAUUUUUUUUUAACAAUUUUCAGUGCAUUGUCAGUAAAAUCAUUGUGUGUUUUGAAUUGACAUUCAAUUUAAAGAAUACAUGUUUCUCACUCCAACAUGGGUUUUCAUAUUUGCAAUAGAUUAGUUUUUUUCAUAGAUGAUUCAGAUGUAGAUGGCAUAAUUACACACAUUUUUCACAUCUAGUGUAAUGUGUUUUUCUUUUGAGACCUUUAUAUGGAUUCCAUGUAGUACUGCUACUUCAUUUGUCUUGUCCACUUUUCCUUUUUGAUAUACUUUGUUGUUGUGUUUUGUUUUGUUUUUAUAGUUAAGAAGAAUUCUCUUUCAAAACACAUGUGGAUGUAUCAAAUAAGGGGAAAUAAUUUCUUUUUUUUUUUUUUUUGCUUUUCUAUCCUCAUUUUAUAUGCUUCGUACACUCUUUAAACAAUAAGUGUAACUUUUGUGCAUUUGUGGAACAGAAAGCAUAUGUUCAUCUGGCUAGAGCUGUUAUUUUUACACAUUCUAUGGUCACUCUGUCUUUUAUUUCCUAUCAGAAGAUGUUUCGCUUCAUACAGCCUACUGGCAGCUAACAUAAAUGUUAUCAGACAUCGCACAGAGAUAUGUGUUGAGUGUAAGAGAAAAAACAAACAAACACCUGAGUGAAUACAUCACUUCUGGCCUUCCAAGGCCCUGUUUGUCCAUUCAGCAGAGGUUUGUCCCAUCAGCGAUGUGCUAUCACAUAGCCACUAAUUGAUUUUCAAGGAUGACAAACGAUGCAGUGGUCAGCGAAGCUGAGGUAAUUCAGUCACGAAUGGAAGACUAUAGCAUGGCUUGUCUAGGAUCCCAAGCUCUCUGAAAUGUUUAUGUUCACUCUGUUCCAUUUGACACAAAUUUAUACUGAUCUUUUAUUUAUGCCUUGAAAGAAUGGCAAAUAAGAAACAUAAGUGUUCUUGAUAUUGUGUUUUGUCAUAUCUAGCAGCCAAAGAUUGAAAUCCUGGGAAACAAUUUUCUGUCAAAAUGAAAGAGCUUGGCCUUGUGAACCCUUGAGGAAAAUAACACCACUGGUUCAGACAGAAUAUGAAACACCGAGGCAGAGAAUAAGUAAAACAGACAAGAGCAGCCUCCAUGUCACUUUUCCAUUUGCUGCUUUUGAAAGAGAACAUCUCAAACUUUACCCUGUG